GCUUUUUUCGGGCCACUCGUCGUCUAUUUAGAUUGAGUUGGCUUUUCUUCACAGCUCUGACUUGGUCGCCUUUGCCAUGGCUGGGCCGUUGCCCGAUGCUGCUGGCCAUCCUGGCCAUCGUCCUAGUCCGGGGCCGAACAAAAAUUGCUGGCGAGAGCUGGAACAUGUGAGCGAGGCCCCAUGAAGAUAUAUCGGCCUCCAACGGACAAGCGUCUGAACACUCCCAUUCAGACUGUUCAGGUCGAGGGCGUCGACCCCAGGUCGGGCAGGUGCAGUGUGCCGAUUCCAAAUGCCUUCAGCUGCAAAGACCUGGACGUUUGGCGAACAUUCUUGGAGCUCUUUCAAGCAAAUGCGCAGCAAGGCUUUCCGGUGGACGGCGAGCUCUUUGACAUCGCGGAUUGGCUCGUGGUGCAGUUCCAGACCAAGCCCUUCGAGGCUCACCCACCUGAAGGCUUCUUCAACUACCUCUGCGGUGGUUCAGAUGAGAAGUGGCCCCUGCCGAACCAGUUCUGCUUGAUGGGCUACGUGGCCGCGCUCUUCGUCCGUGCCCGGCACCUCAUGGCCAUGGGCGCCGCUGGCGAUGCGGAUGCCAUGACAUCGGCGAAUGCGGAUUUGUCCUACAUCGAGCCCAUCCUCGGGAAGGAGAUCAGCCUGGACUAUUUGGACUCCUCCCCCUGGCCCAUCAGCAUUCUGGACGUCUUCCUCAACAUCAACCAGACGGAGUUCAUGACCUAUGAGCAAUAUGCAGCCAAACAUCCUGUGCGAGCCCACGCUGUGCCUUUGGAAUCGAUUCAUUGGCAGCCACCGGGUGACAUCGUUCAAAGGCUCUCCGGUGCCGUUCCGGCGGAGAUGGCCGUUCCGGCGGAGAUCGCCGUGGCCGUGUUCGGGACCCACGCCACGCUGAGCCUCGAGCCGGUGGAUAUGCUGGGCCGAGCCCAGAGGAGGUUUAAGAUCAAGGCCACCUUCUUUGGCAUUGAGCCCCGGUGGUGCGAGCUCCUGGGACUGUGCGACCUGGGCGCCAGCGAGGUCACACAGCUGCUGCGGAAGGCCGAGGAGGACCCCUUCGCCUAUCCGUGGGAGAUGAUGUCGCAGCACCUGACGCAGGUGCCCCUGGCACGUUAUGCGCUGCUGCUCUGCACCGAGCCAGUGGCUGGCUGCCUGAUGUUGCGAAGGCUGAGCCUGCAGAUGGGGCAGCCCCUGCCCAUGCUGGGCUACUUUGGUGUGGCUUUGCUGAAUGGCUGCCCUCCCCAGGACGUGCCCACCUUUUGGCAGCACUGGGGCGAGCUCUUUGCGGAGUCUCCGAGCCGCGCGGUGCUGGCCACGAACAACUUGAUCUUGUCGGAGCAGAUCUUCUACCAGACUGGGCGUCGCCUGCCCUACGUGCGGGCGCAGGGGCUGUAUACUGAGGUGGUCUAUUCCCCGCAGCUGGUUGACCAGAUCCUCUUCUGGAGGUCUCCGCUCUUUGCCUAUGCCACCUUGCGCUGUGCCAUCGCUCGGUUCCUGGAAGGCCUUCCGCAGUAUCCUCUGAACUUCUACUUCCUUCAGGGGAGUGAAAGUGUGCCCUACAAGAAGGCGGUGAGCUUCCGUGCCGCGGCCUUGCUGCCACAGGAUCAUGCCCUCAUGUCCUUCUACGAGCUGUACUCUGCCAACCUCCCGCUGCUCCUGCCCUCUGCUGAGUGGAUGUACCGGUUGCUCUACAUGCGGGGGCAGCUCUCUGUUGGGGAACGCUGGUAUCAAGCCAUCAUGCCCAACCACGAGCCACCCUUCUGCGAGUUCGAGGACGCGGAGUCGGGCGCCGCGGAGUCGGGCGCCCCGACCCCUCAGUGGGGCCUCAGCGCGGCCAAGGCGGCGCGGAGCGCGGCCGUUCAGACUCUUCGGCGGAUUGUCACCGCCCCGGACCUGGCGACGGCCCAAAGCAUGGCUGAAGCCACGUUAGGACUGAUGGAAGAUCAGAAGUACUUUUUGAUGGUGGCUGCCAAUGAAACCGACCAGGAUUCGGCCACCUCAAUGGGGGUGGUGCGGCGCGCGCACCACGGAGAUGGCAGUGCUCAGCCGAGCAUGUCACGAGUGAAAGGAGGCCAACCAUGGCAUCCCUAUACGCCCUUUCAGAUGUCCACGCGUGACUCCAAUGAUUGGACGCGCAUGCGCAAGGGAGGCUGGUGGCUGCGCCGGGGCUUUCGCUUUGACGCCAUGCGCUACUGGCACCAGUUCUCGGACUUCGCACGCUUUCCUGGCCUGCAGUACUUCGCGAAUAUCCCUGAACUCCUGUGCCGUGCGCAGAGCAUGGACAUCCCAUCCAUCACGCAGGCGAUGCAGUCACACAACCAGGCCACCUUCGCACACUCUGCAGCCUUCUGGGGGAAUGCAGCGCUGGAUCUACUUCGCUAGGGCGCAGCUACUGCGGUCAAAAGGCC